AUGUUUUGGCGGUUCGGGGGCUACGCCAACGUCUCGACCCUCAAUACUAUCCUCGAAAAACCCGAUGUCACACUUGAAGAAGUCUUGGAGGAAUCAGACCUGAUACAAGAGCUGAAGCAGUCAAAUUCGAAGCUGAUCGAAUUCUUGCGAGAUGACAAUGUCCUGCGGAGACUCCUGGAGCUGGUGGUUGCACCACAAGCUCCGAGACCGGAAGAUGAUGGGCAAGGCGAGGACAGCGAAGAGGAGACCAUGCGCGAGAAAUCCUUGAGCCCUUUUCGAAGAGUCAAAAAGGAGAAAUCAAAGCGGCAAGAAGAGUUUGAGGACUGGGAUAAAGCAGACAAGGCUAGGACACAGAAAGCGUACACAUCGUGCGAGGUUCUCUCGUCGGAAACUUGGUCGAUACUCGAGUCUUUGAUGGAGAAUCAGCAAUUGUUGCGGGUAUUCUGGGGCUUUUUGAAGAGAGAGUCACCGUUGGAUUCAACCGAGGCAGCAUACUUUACAAAGAUCAACGAAACGCUGCUGGAUAAGAAGACAGAGGAGAUGAUGCAUUUCCUUCAGUCGUUUGAAGGCAUCAUACCAAUUAUGCUCAAACAUAUCGACUGUGCCGCCAUAAUGGACCUGUUGUUGAAAAUUAUUAGCAUGGAAAAGAGUGAAGGCGGUGCAGGAGUCGUCGACUGGUUACAAAGUCAAGACCUCAUGCCACGCUUACUUGCAUUCUUGGAGAAAGACAACGCCCCGGGGACGCAGACAUCUGCAGGAGACUUUAUCAAAGCUAUCGUCACCAUUUCAGCCAACGCAUCACAAAACGAGCAGUCCUGCAUAGGUCCCAACAACCUGACCAGACAACUUGUAUCGCAGCCGUGUAUUGAAAACCUGCUUUCCAACAUGCUCAGAGGCGGCAACCCGCUGACGGUUGGCGUUGGGAUGAUCAUCGAAGUCAUCAGGAAGAACAACUCGGACUAUGAUCCCGAUGUUGGAGCUGGUCCAGACUCGGUCCCUUCAAGUAAUGAUCCUAUCUACCUGGGGACUCUACUACGAUGUUUUGCCAAACGUGUCCCCGACUUCAUGGGGUUACUGCUGAGUCCAACCCAUGCCGUUGCCGACGGUAAUAGCCAAAUAACCAUCAAAAGGAAAGAGCUGGGCGUAGCCUUUGGCAACAAGAUCGAACCCCUAGGAUUCGAUCGCUUCAAAACUUGCGAGCUAAUGGCGGAACUUCUCCACUGCAGUAACAUGGGUCUACUGAAUGAGCGAGGCAGCGAAGCUUUCGUACGGCAAAGAGACGAGGAAAGAGAGCGAAUGAAAGCUGAAGGCGCUUUGGCUCCGAGAAUUCCCACAUCAGCUGUUACAGAGUUCUCGGAAGAUUCCACUAACUUCGCCAACGGAGUGUCACCUUUGGGUUUAAGCACAGAGCCGGAGGAGAACCAUAAGCUCCAGGUGCAAAACAGUGCAGAAGACGAUGGAUACGAGGACGUUGGAAAUUCUGCGGACCUAGUAGAUGCCGAAGACAUCAAGGAUGACUUUGACGAGAAGGACGAGCGAUCACCCUUUGACACAGAGUCAGAACAUACGCAAAUGCCAAACUUACUCAAGCCUGGCAAGCCCAGAUUGGAUCUUGACGAGGAUUUUGUCGAUGAGCCUUUGACUUCUCCGAGGUUGGAGGCUGUCGAUGAGGAAGAGGCAGAGAUGCCAGAAGCUGAAGUCCCGGAGCCUUUGGAGCCCAAGUCUCCGAGCAAGUCUGAGCCUCAACCCGAGUCUCCUACCUCUGGCCUAGCAUCAGGAGUCAAUGAGCUCGCAGUCAACGAGGACACAACAAUGGCAGACCAAGAAACAACCGAAACACCUAAGAUCCAACAUACAGAGGCGCCAACAACGCCGGAGCCACCUUCUCAAAAUACUAGCGCUGACCCGCCUCCUCUACCACACCGAGAACGGCACCUAGAUCCCAUGACACCAGAUUCCGAGAGUCCUCGGGGCAUUUCACCACACCCAGAGGACAAGCCACCGCCUCUGUUUGCAAGUCGAGUAGAUCAGCCAUCAGACACUCCAAGACAAGGAUAUGAGGAGGUUGGUGGCGGCGACAGCCAGCAGACUAUUGAUACUACUCAUGGCGAAGAUGGAGACACUAGCCGCUCCGUGCUCGUGAGUGGUAAUGACCAGAGCUUCGCAUCGCAAUUCGAUUAUGAUGUUGACGGUCAGCCGAUGGUCGGUGACUUUCUGAAGAUGAUGUUUGUUGAACACCAUGUUGUACCUACGAUCCUGGACUUUUUCUUUCGAUUCCCCUGGAACAAUUUUCUUCACAAUGUAGUAUAUGAUGUUGUACAGCAAGUAUUUAACGGCCCCAUGGAUAGAGGAUACAACCGCACUCUUGCUAUUGAUCUUUUCCAAACCGGACGAGUCACCGAGCGGAUAGUUGAAGGCCAGGCACAGAGUGACGAAGCACAGGCGAAGAGUAAUAUGCGCUUAGGGUAUAUGGGCCAUCUCACGCUGGUCGCUGAGGAAGUGGUCAAGUUCAGCGACAGGCAUCCGCCAGAGCUAUUGUCGCAGGUCGUACUCGAGAAAGUGACAAGUCAGCAGUGGACCGAGUAUGUCGAAAACACGCUAUCAGAGACGCGAGAACGAGACAACGCCAUCUUAGGUGGUGUCAGACCAGACAUGUCUCUCGGCCCACGACAAGCAGUCCUCAACGCUGUCAAUGCAGCCCACGGCUUCGGCCAAGGAGCAUCAUCUGCCCUCGCGAACGCUGGGCUCAACGGCAACCCAGGCCUCGACUCGAUGGACCUUGCCAGCAAUGGUAGCGGAACUUCCAACGGUGGCUUCGGUGGUCUCAGCAGCGGUUCGCUACUAAGCGGCUUCGGUAGCUCAAGCGACGAGGAGGAUGAGGAAAUGGAGGAGAUUGAUGAGGGUGAUGCCGGUGCUGGUCAAGAUUCGUAUCUCCCCAACCACCCAACCCUCAACAUAACCCCCACACCGCCAACAGACCCACCACCAACCCCGCCGCCCCUCAAUCUCCCACCAUCACGUGCCCGCCGCCAACUAGCCGCCCGCCUCGCCCUCCACAGCCAGCAGAAAGCCGAUUCCGAAGCCAACGACUCCGACAGCCACGAGCUCGAAAAGCCCUUCUCCGACGCCGAAGCCAACGCCGACGAAUUCGAAGAUGACUCUCCUUUGACAUUUGGAGCGCCCUUGUUGCAUCAUUCCCCGACGCCCGGCCAUCACUUUGGCAGUAUUGAUCCGCCGAAGGACGCCGGCGAUGUGAAAGCGACGGUGCAUCGGCAGUUGGACUUGGAUGACUUUGCGAACAGUCCGGCCGCCGAUGCUGACGAUAGGGCGAGUGAUGAAGGGGACGGGGAGGAGGCCCAUGACGUUGAGAUGAGAAUCGCGAUGGGGUAG